UGUCCUUCUCCUGGGCAGGCCCUUCCCACCUCCUGACUUGAGGACCGAUGGACCUUCUAGACAUUACUUCCAAUGACCCAACUUUGAACUAACUGCCCAAGUGGAAAACGAUGUAAAGUUAUUUUCGUUCCGAAGGAGGAUGCUAACAAUUCAAAGGAAUGAAUUUCUAAUGGUGGAACUGCAAGUCCCUAGGGUGACCAAAGAUGUUUUGGGACAGGAUGUUCUACCCUGUUCUGUUCAAAUGAUUGACUAGGUAGCCUCCUACUUUGCCCUCUUGAGAGGCUGGCUCUGCUCUUUGGAACUUCAGAAACAUCCGACUUGUUGUCUUUCUCAAAGACCUUUCAGGGAAUAGCUUAGAAGAACACCAAGCAAUUGGAGCAGAAUACUUUAUAUUUUAUGCAUUUAUCUGUAAGCUUUUAGAAAUUGCCCAGACUGUCAAAUGCGCAAAACUUCCCCGGCUGGGCGAGUGCCCUCAGUCAACAUGGCUGCGGUACGUUCCAUCGCCCUUGCUUGCCCUCAGCAAACGUGGCUACAGCGACUUCCUUUCAAACCGGCUUUUCCCACAACAAAUAUGGCGCCUCCGCUUCCGGAUUUCGGUGCGCUGUUCUUGCGGGAUGGACUAUGGCGACCCAGGAAACCGCUCCAGGAAGCCAGUCAGAGGAGAGCAACGCUUUGGACUUGGCGUCCAUCAACGACAUAAAAGAUUAUGCUCUGCAGAGACCCCACCAGGAGGCAGACAGCGAGGCACUGAGCUCUGUGGAAACCCUUUCUCUUCCUUGCUCUUCUGAUGUGGAUUCAGACACCAGUAACCUAAGUACCGAACAAAAUGAUUCCUGGACCUCUGAGAACUUCUGGCUUGACCCUUGUGUGAAGGGUCAGAUGGAAACCACGGCAGAGGACGAUUGGCUUCGGAAAUCCCUGGAUAGGUUCUAUGAAAUGUUUGGCCAUCCCCAGCCAGCCGCUAGAAAUCCACUCUCUGCAUCAGUCUGCCGGUGCCUGACUCAGAAAAUCAAUGAACUGAAGGGCCAGGAGAACCAAAAGUAUGCCCUUCGCAGUUUCCAGAUGGCCCGGGUCAUCUUCAACCGGGAAGGCUGUGCGGUCUUACGGAGGCAUUCCAAGGACGCCCACUUCUACCCACAGGAAGAAGGAAGUGUGUCUCUGGAUGAUGAAAAGCCAACCCCGGGACUUUCAAAAGACGUCAUUCGUUUCCUCUUGAAGCAGAACGUGAUGAACGCUCUCUAAGAUGCCCCCAGUGGUAAGGGCACGCAUCGUGCAGGAUGGCCCCAUGGCCUGUGCUGUCAGUGCCUCCCCCAUUGCCCCUGCGGCCUAUCUGGCCAAUCCUGUGCCUCCAGCCCCCCCCCCCCGCCCCCCAUGAGUUGAUGAUACCAGAGCCACUUCAGCCCGCAUGGAGAGCCAGCAGUGUUUGUGGGUUGGAGAGCCUCUCUGUUCACACCACCUCUCACCCCACCCUACCACUCCCUUUGACUUAAGGCCCAGACUGUCUGGCUGGGGAGCCCAAAAGCAUAGCUUCCUUGCCCCAAGGAAGGAAGGACAUGAUCUGCCGCAUAACAUACUCUCCAGAGCUCCCUUCUGGAUCAAACCAAGACUUGGGCUUCCCGGGAAAUCACGCCUUGCUCAGCCUCUUCUGUCUCCCUGUCCUCCUUCUCCUGUUCACCUACUGGUGUUUCCUGGGAGCCUUAAUAAAGCUCUUGCACCUGAA